AUGUCAAAUGCUGCAAGAACCCACAUGACGCAAUCAUCAGGAAGGCGCUGCAACACUUUUGAUGCUCUCAGAUGGCCUGGAGAAAAUAUUUUUUCUAGCGUUUUUCGCAUCAGUCAAAGCCAGAUUCUAGUUGAGCCACAAAGUUUAUAUAUGGGGAUUAUGCAGCUUAACAAUAAAGAACUAAAGAGUGCUGCUGUUCUGCAAUAUGAAGUUGCUAGACACCUCGGGUGUAAGCAAUGGGUGAAUGAAUUUAGGCAAAACUGUCGGUGUGACCUGUCUGAUGAUUGGAUUGACAAAAAUCUACCUUCAUUAGACGGCAGAAAGCUGCAAACAUCAAAAAAGUCGGCAUCAGUGUAUGUUGCCGAAUCAUCGCGUGACAUACGUCUGAGGACCGAUCCGAACAUAAAUAUUGUUCGAGAAAAUGCAGCAGAGGACAGGAAAGAAGAAACACCAACAAAAUCCCCAGAUCCAGUCUCAUAUGCCCCAAAUACUAGUAAACAGGGAACUCACACCCUGUACAAGAAACCGAGAUCUGAGCCCUCAACCAGCUCAUUUAGGACCGUUAGUUAUAGAAAAUUUAUUCCUGAAAAGACGCCAAAACAUCUAUUUAGCACAGAAAAAAAAGUUACAACAGGCAAAACUCUACGAAAAGUUGAAUCUGGCAAAAGGUCAUUGUCAGUUACCAUUGACGUAGAUGAACCCUCACUGAAAUUAAAGUCCUCCCAACAAUCAGAAUAUUGUUUGCUCUCCAAUUGUUUUUCACUGGAUACUAAAGUGAGACGUCACUGUACCAAAAGGCACAUGCCUCCAAUGUUUCAAACUGUGUCGUCAGACUCGAGCAAUGUUUUUCAUUGUGUCCAAGCACUAAAAUGGCUGAUUAAAGCUGCAUUGGGAGAACAAGCUACUCUUCUUGAUGCAAUGGAAACAGUAAACCAGGCCAGUAAAAUACCUCCGACCAUUGCCCUCAAUCCGUUGCAUUCAGAUUAUUUUCGCCAGGCAUGUCAAUUCUUAGAGGUAGACGAGCCAAAACAGUUUACUCUGCACCCAAUAAACUCUCCAGCUGUAUUGCUGUUUUGGCGAUGCAUUAUGGUGCUAUUGGACAAAUGUACAGAAUUCCAACAAAAGGAGUUUGUCCGUUUUAAAGCAGACAAGGAAACUUCAACCAAAUCAAAUCCUCUCAUUCACUCAACUUCUCCUCAUAUAAAUCCAUCACUAGUUUUACAUGGUUCUGACGUAGAAUUGCCAUCAAAACUGGCAGAAUUUAAUAUGCCAGACGGUUCUAGUGGAAUGGAAGUAGCUGAACACAGCGAGUUACCAGUUGUAUUUGAUAGCCACUUCCAUUUGGACCGUACCUGUAAGAAGAUAUGGGGUGUUGAAGGGGGGCACACUGUAGAGGACCUUUUGAAACAUAGUGAAUCGGACAGUGUACCAUACAAACCAGCUAUUCCUGUUAAAGUAAUUGGAGGCAUCAUUGUCUACAGUGAGCCUAAUACCUAUCCAGAUGUAUCCUUUACUUUAAAUGGUCCUUGGAAAGUUGCUGUUGGAGUACAUCCAAAACAGCAUAGCACAUUCUCUGAAGAAAAAAUGAUGCUUCUUGAGCAAUUACUGCACCAUCCAAAAGUUGUUGCACUAGGAGAAUGUGGCUUAGAUAGGAGUGUCCCACCAUCUGAGUGGACGCAACAGGAGGAUGUCUUUAUAAAACUUCUGAAACUUGCCAAGCCUUGCAUUCCAAUUGUGUUACAUCUCAGGGGGCCAGCUGGGGAUAAAUAUGGAUCUGAUGUAAUUGCAAGAUGUAUGAUGCUGAUGGAAGUGCACUGUAGAAAUGCGCAGCGGAUACAUCUUCAUUGCUUCCAAGGAAAGACAGAUGUUGUAAAGGCAUGGCUAAAGAAGUUUCCAAAUACUUGUUUUGGACUAACUGCAUCAGUUCGCACAUUUGAUAGUCAUCAGAUUGCAGGUUUAAAGGCCAUUCCGAGAACAAAUAUUGUGUUGGAAACAGAUGCUCCUUACUUUCCCUUUGGUACAGCAAAAGUUAGUACACCUGCAUAUAUAGGAGAGACUGCUAAACUUGUUGCACAACAUUUGAAUGUGAAACCCGAAGAACUGAUGGAGAUCACUCUACAGAAUGCCAAAUUUUUGUAUGGUAUAUGAAGUUUUCAAGCCAGAAAAAUGUCAAAAACUAUGAAUUAUUUAAAUGGGAGGUUUCAU